GCUCGCUCUCACGCCUCCGCCGGGAUAAAUAGGAGGCAGCGGCAGCCCCGCUCCAAACUUCGCCGCCCCUGUGAUCCUCCCUGUGACUGAGCAGCUGCUGCAGCAACCGAGUGAGCGAUGGAUCCCCAGGACUGUCCUUGUGCUACCGGUGGCUCCUGUACCUGUGCUGGCUCCUGCAAAUGCAAAAACUGCAGCUGCACCUCUUGCCAAAAGAGCUGUUGCUCCUGUUGCCCAGCUGGAUGCAAUAAUUGUGCCAAGGGCUGUGUCUGCAAAGAGCCAGCAUCCAAGAAAUGCAGCUGUUGUCCCUAAAGUGGCUCUUUUCUGUUCUGUAAAUAUUCUGUAUGAAAGGGGAAACGAAUUUUGUUUGUAAUAUAGCAGAGACUAUUUUGUACCUUUCACAGACAUGUCGAGUUGAGGUUGAAUGAAAAUAAAGGCCAUGAUUUGAGAAA